CCAACGUUACUACGUAUCAAAAAUCAAUCUCUCUCUCUCUCUCUCUCUCUCUCUCUCUCUCUAAAUUUGCGUCUCUUCCCUCCUUUGCUCUCUCAGCCACCGCCGGACACCUCUCACCGUAGCCGUCGCCUCUGCUCAGCUUGACACACUUAUGAAUGGCUUGGAGAGAGGUUGGCAGAAAGGGAGUUCGUGCUAGCCUCACAAAAGCCUUAACUACGACAGCAUCCAGAGAUGCAUCCUUCUCAAUAACUUCAAACAUCGUUGAUGAAAAGGUGAAAGCACUUUCUGCUUCAGUCCGAUGCAUAACAGGAUUUUCUGUCAGCCGAACUUUUCGAGAUGCUUAUAACUGCAAGUUUUCCACCAUUCGGCCCCUAAUAAGGUGUUUUCAUGCGAGUGUGGAACAUUUGGCAAGAAGAAAUGACGAGCCAAUUGGUUUGAAGACUCCCACCAAAGGGAAAUUUGUGAAAAGAGGCACUAGGACCCAACCACCUGUUGAAGCUCCAUAUGUUGCCCCAAAAUUAAAAAGAACUGCUAAAUCCUUGCCAGAUAGAACAGUCGAUAUUUUCGAAGGCAUGGCUAUUGUAGAGCUUGCCAAGCAAACGGGUGAAUCAAUUCGCGUGCUGCAGGAUAUUCUUGUAAAUGUUGGGGAGAAGGUUGAUUCAGAGUUUGAUGCUCUCAGCAUGGAUGUUGCAGAGCUAGUUGCAAUGGAAGUUGGGGUCAAUGUUAGGAGGCUGCACUCUAACGAAGGUACUGAAGUUCUUGUGCGGCCCGCAGUUGUAACAGUCAUGGGACACGUCGACCACGGCAAGACUUCUCUCUUAGACGCUCUCCGCGAAACAUCAUUAGCAGCAAAAGAAGCCGGAGGCAUAACUCAGCAUAUUGGUGCAUUUGUCGUCAGCAUGCCAUCUGGUGCUUCAAUCACAUUCCUCGACACUCCCGGUCACGCUGCAUUUAGUGCAAUGAGAGCAAGAGGUGCAGCAGUGACAGAUAUAGUUGUGCUGGUGGUGGCCGCCGAUGAUGGAGUUAUGCCACAAACCCUAGAAGCCAUGGCCCAUGCAAAAGCAGCCGGUGUACCCAUUGUCGUCGCGAUUAAUAAAUGCGACAAACCGGCUGCAGACCCAGAAAGAGUGAAAGUGCAGCUUGCUUCAGAGGGGUUGCCAUUGGAGGAGAUGGGUGGUGAUGUUCAGGUGGUUGAAGUUUCUGCGGUGAGUAAAGUCGGACUUGAUAAGUUAGAGGAGUGUUUGCUUCUCCAGGCCGAGCUGAUGGAUCUAAAAGCCCGUAUCGACGGACCAGCCCAAGCUUACGUGGUUGAGGCUAGACUAGACAGAGGGCGGGGUCCAUUGGCGACUGCAAUAGUGAAGGCGGGAACUUUACUUUGUGGACAGCAUGUGGUCGUAGGUUCCGAAUGGGGAAGAAUUAGGGCUAUUAGGGAUAUGGUGGGGAAAUUGACAGAGAGAGGUAUACCAGCAAUGCCUGUUGAAAUCGAAGGGCUGAGGGGACUUCCGAUGGCAGGUGAUGAUAUCGUUGUCGUGGAGUCUGAGGAAAGAGCUAGGAUGCUUAGUGCAGGAAGGAAGAAGAAACUAGAGAAAAAUAGGCUCAUGAAGGUGGAUGAGGAGAAAAUAGAAACUCCGGAUUCAUCAGAAGAAGAGGGGCCGAAGAGGGUUGAAAUGCCAAUUAUAGUUAAAGCAGAUGUGCAGGGCAGUGUCCAAGCGGUCACUGAUUCAUUGAAGAGUUUAAACAGUCCUCAGGUUUUCGUAAAUGUUGUCCAUGUUGGCGUUGGCCCUAUUUCUCAGUCUGAUGUGGACUUGGCACAAGCCUGUGGCGCAUGCAUCGUUGGAUUCAACGUGCGCAGUCCACCUAGUUCGGUCAGUCAGGCUGCCACUCGGGCAGGCAUAAAGAUAAAAGUGCAUCGCGUGAUCUAUCACCUAUUGGAGGACAUGGGGAGUCUGAUUGUGGAGAAGGCUCCCGGAACAUUUGAGACCCAUGUAGCCGGAGAGGCUCAAGUUCUUCACAUAUUUGAGAUCAAAGGAAGGAGCAAAGCUAAGGGAGAAGAUGUGAAGAUUGCUGGUUGCCGGGUGGUAGAUGGUCGUCUCACCAAGUCAGCGAUCAUGAGGCUUCUGAGGAGUGGGGAAGUUGUGUUUGAAGGGUCUUGCUCAUCCCUGAAGAGAGAGAAGCAGGACGUGGAGGCGGUUGGGAAGGGAAACGAGUGUGGACUUGUGAUCCGCGACUUCAUUGAUUUCCAGAUUGGAGAUGUUAUUCAGUGCUUGGAGCAAGUGAAUAUAAAACCUAAGUUUAUUUCGUCGGAGAGUGGAGCCGUGCGCAUUGAAUGCUGAUAGCACCUUUGAAGAGUAAUACAGUAUUAAUCAACGCAGAAUUUAUAGAAUUUAUUAUACACUUGAUGUCCUCGCCUCUGAACUUCUGUGAAGUAGAUAAAUUUUUGUGUACUACAGAAAAUUUUGAUAUUGGCUGGGCUAGUUCUUUUGUCAUCGUGUCCAAUAGACCCCACACGGCUCUAUCAGUAGACUCCAAAUCUGGGAAACUACCCAGUCCAAUGUGUAAAUUAAAAAUUUUGAGAGAGGAAAUACUUCAUUUGGUGUUUUGACAGAUUUUUUGGUUGGUAUUACUAAGGAAAUACUAGUUCUGUUUACUACUGGUCGGAGGCCAUAUUUCAAUUGUAAAAUACAAGCUGCUAAUGACACUUAAUUUUUGUUUUGUUAGUUACUGUA